AUGUGCUCACUUGCUGCCGCGUACAACUUCAGCAUAGUGUUCGAUCGAUUGAUCAAGCUGCGGGAGAACAUCAACAUGUCGGUGGAUGUCACCGGUGCGGAGAAGAAGAAAAAGCCGUUGAUGGCGGAGGGGCUGCUGCUCGCUGCGAGCAUGGUGCUGGUUCAGGCCUUCACCAUAGGGGCCCUUCUCCUGUCCAAGGUCGCCUUCAACAUCGGCAUGGCGCCUUUCGUCCUCCUCGCCUACCGCAAUCUCAUUGGCUCCAUUAGCGUGGCCCCCUUCGCCUUCUACUUCGAGAGAGAGAUGAUGAAAAAGGUGAACCUCAAGAUAUGGUGCUGGAUCUCCGUCAACGCUUUGUUUGGAAUUGUGCUAGCAAUGGGACUGCACUACUACGGUCUGCGCGCCACCAACGCUGGCUACACUGUCAAUUUCCUUAAUGUGAUCCCCGUUGUCACCUUUAUCAUUGCUGUAAUACUCCGACUGGAAAAGCUGAAGAUCGCGACAUGCCCGGGCAAGAUGAAGGUUGUCGGCACCGUGAGUUGCGUGGGAGGGACGAUGGUGAUCAGCCUGUACAAAGGCAAACUGCUGCAUCUGUGGCCUACACACCUGUUGAAAUCGCAGCUGCAGGCGGUCGGCGGGGUCUCCUCCGUCCCUGACCACCACAACAUGCUCAUUGGCACACUCUUCCUAGCCGGGAGUUCCCUCAGCUACGCCUUUUGGUUCAUCAUACAGGCACGAGUGUCCAAGGAGUUCCCCUCCAAGUACUUCUCGACAAUGCUAGCCUGCGUUUCAGGGACCGUGCAGGCGAUGGUGAUUGGGGUGAUACUGAACCACGAUCCAUCGGCAUGGGCGGUCAAGUGGGAUCUACAGCUGCUCACCGUCGUCUACUCGGGUGUGUUCAACACGGGAGUCACCUUUUGCUUGAUCUCAUGGGCUGUUGCUCGUCGCGGGCCCACCUACCCUUCCAUGUUCAACUCCCUGGCACUUAUAGUCACCAUGAUCCUCGAUUCAGUGCUGCUUGGCACAGAUUUCUCCGUGGGGAGUUUGCUAGGAGCCAUCCUGAUCAUUGUAGGGCUGUAUGCCUUCCUCUGGGGGAAAGGGAAAGAGGUACAAGAGCAGCGCAAGCAAAUGAAGGCCGCGUCUAACGGAGACCAGAGCAAGGGCAGCGCAGCGGCGGGUAAUGGAGUCGAUAGCCUGCAGGUUGGGAAGCACGAGGUGCGGAUUCACCUGGAAGUUCUUGAGCCCUUGAAGAUUCGUUACCACGGUAGCAUCAAGGACAUGCCGUAUGACGAGCGGUACAUGGAGUUCAUCAAGCCUAUCGGUCUUCUCCCCUUCAUCACGCUUGACGAGGCACUGUGUAUGAACAAAACUUCUGAUGGGUGGCGCAAGCAGAUGGAGGGGCUUAUUGGCCUGGCUCCUCCGGAGCCAGAAGAUAAAAAGGAUAGAACUCCCGCCAGCGCACCUUACGCAUGGAUCGGGACUCACUUUGGUACGUGCCCGCAAGGGGCCAACUGUGACACUGUCAAGACAUACACACGAGUGUACUUGUGGUAUGUCAUUUCGAGGACUCUCUUUGCUGAUAGUGGUGGAAAGUUGGCCCAUUGGUGUUGGCUCAAGGCGCUGACGAAGUUGGAGCACAAGUGGAGUUGGGGAACAGCGGCAUUUGCGUACCUGUACCAUCAGGUGGAUUGGGAGCUAUAUGGUGAAUUUGACCAUAUAGGCUCGACGAUGCGUGACCUCAACCCCAAGUGCACGGAGGAGGCAAAUUUCUGGCGUAUGCGGCUUGAUAGGCAGUGGCAGAGGAAGAUCACGAAUUGGCCUGACCAUCACAGAAAUCACGUGACAGCGUUCGCGCAUUUUUUGGACGCAGUACGGAAUGCCGGACAUGUCGUGCUGAAGCCAUACGACGCAGAAGCUUUCAACAACUAUCUCCAUUGGUUUCAUAGGAGCACACGUAUCGAGUUAGUGAACCAUGCAUACGAGGAAGAACUGUUGGAACAACCCAUCAUGUUCGACGAGGUUGCGCAAAGCCAAUACGACAGGCAUGUUCGAGGAGAGAGGGGGACUUCUAUUGCUUUCUCUAUGAACUUUGUGGCAAUGUAUUCUCUCAUUAUCCCGUUCAUCAUUCAUAUUGGCAUGUGCUCGCUCAAAUUGUUUACAAUAUGGUUGUCAAAGCAGACCGAGAUCCAAAAGACUGUUGACGAGUGCGAGGUUGUUUGGGAUCAAAGCCUUCAAGAUGAAAAUGCAAGCUCAUCCCUCCAAAAUUUCGUUAUGCGCACUUCACUGAAGUUGCGGCGCUUAGGCAACUUGCUUGGUUGCUGUGACGGUGAAAUUAAUACAUCAUCUUCUGAAGAAGAACGUCGCGGUGCAGAGAUUCCUGACGAUGACAAUCUGACUCAAGCUCAGGAGGAUCCGCAUUUCAAAAGGUCUGCUUACAAGUUGAAGCCUAGGGGCAAGGCUCCGAACCGUUACACUCCGAACGAUUAUGUGAACCGAGGAAAGAAGCCUGUGCUUGAGUCCGAUGAGGAGCCACCGUGGAGAUCAGCUAUGAGGAGGAUGAGGAACAACGAGCCGUCAUCUUCAGAGGAGGAGGAGCAGGAGAAGAAGAGAAACCGCCGCAGACGCCACGGGUGGGCGUCCGGAAGCAGCCCGCGAGAAGGGGACUUAUCUUCUGAUGGGAAGACAUUAGAGGCAGAAGCUGCACAUGGGACUGUCACUAGACAUUUCAGGCUACAUGAGAAGGGACAGGAGACGAGUACCAAUAGCAUAGCUUCUAUAUUUGCUUGGACUCGUGGGCUAGAACAUAGAGCAAAGCUGGAUAAGAAUGACAGGCUGCUGGAGUUCACACAGAAGCUUGAAUCUGCAUGUGUUGAAACAGUGGAAUCUGGGAAAAUGACAAAGGAUCUUGCACUUCUUAGCCAUGGCCCCAAGGUAACAAGGGAGUAUUACCUGAGCACCGAGGAAUUCAUUGAUGCUGUGGCUCAGAGGCUGCAAGAGAAGAUCCAGAUACCAGCUGCGUUGUAGUCCACCAUAUGCAGAUGCUAUUUCUCGCUGGAAGCCUAGGGUUGGGUUGGGUGGAUCAGUUUCGCU